AUGGCCACGGCUGCUUCGAACCCCUACCUCCCCAGCAACAGCAUCCUGUCCCCCGGCUCCAUCGUGCACUCGGACUCGGGGGGAGGCGGGGGCAUGCAGCCCGGCAGCGCGGCGGUGACUUCGGUGUCAGGCGGCUACCGGGGGGACCCCACGGUGAAGAUGGUGCAGAGUGACUUCAUGCAGGGGGCCAUGGCGGCCAGUAACGGCGGACACAUGCUGAGCCACGCGCACCAGUGGGUCACGGCGCUGCCGCACGCGGCUGCUGCUGCAGCGGCUGCAGCCGCGGCGGCGGCCGAGGCCGGCUCUCCUUGGUCCAGCAGCCCGGUGGGGAUGACCGGCAGCCCGCAGCAUCCCCAGCAGCAGCAGCAGGACGUGAAAGGGGGAGCUGGGAGGGACGAACUGCAUCCGGGGGCCGCCCUGCAUCACCGACCGCCUCACCUCGGACCUCACCAAGGGCAUCAGGGCGGCUGGGGAGCCGCGGCCGCCUCUCACAUCCAGUCCAUGGCAGCCGGAGCCCAGCAGCAGCAACAGCAGCAACAGCAGCAGGCGCUUCUUUACUCCCAGUCCGGGGCUUUCACUGUGAACGGGAUGCUGAGCCCACCCCCGGGGAGCCAGAGCCUGGUCCACCCGGGCCUUGUCAGGGGAGACACCCCCGAGCUGGCCGAUCACCACCACCACCAUCACCACCACCAGCAGCAGCAGCAGCAUCAGCACCACCAGCAGCAGCAGCAGCAACAGCAGCAGCAGCAGCAACACCACGGGGUGAACAGCCACGAGCCGCACUCAGACGAGGACACCCCGACCUCGGAUGACCUAGAGCAGUUCGCCAAGCAGUUCAAGCAGAGGAGGAUCAAGCUAGGCUUCACCCAGGCGGACGUGGGCCUGGCCCUAGGCACCCUCUACGGCAACGUCUUCUCCCAGACCACCAUCUGCAGGUUCGAGGCACUGCAGCUCAGCUUCAAGAACAUGUGCAAGCUCAAACCUCUGCUCAACAAGUGGCUGGAGGAGGCCGACUCGUCCACAGGCAGCCCGACCAGCAUCGAUAAGAUCGCCGCCCAGGGUAGGAAGAGGAAGAAGAGGACCUCCAUCGAGGUGAGCGUCAAAGGGGCCCUGGAGAGCCACUUCCUAAAGUGCCCCAAACCCUCAGCUCAGGAGAUCACCAACCUGGCCGACAGCCUGCAGCUGGAGAAGGAGGUGGUCCGAGUGUGGUUCUGCAACCGGAGGCAGAAGGAGAAGAGGAUGACCCCGCCGGGGAUCCAGCAACAGACGCCAGAUGAUGUCUACUCCCAGGUGGGCAAUGUGGGGGCCGACACGCCGCCCCCUCACCACGGGAUGCAAACUAGUGUGCAAUGA